AUGGACCAAGAAGUCAUUCGCCGCGUCCAGGAGGCGAUCGCCGCUAAGCCGUCGCAGCCUCCAAGAGCCAUUCUCACUCCCGAACAGCUACGACAGCAAUGGGCCCGCGGCAACGAGGCAGGAGACCAAAGAAAAAGAUACUCCACCGCCUACCAGCUGGCCAUUGUCAAAAGCCAACGACGAUGGGAGCGCUUUUGUUCUUUUAUGGACAUCCAGGACUGGAGAGCGCACAUUGGAACAUCUUUAGGAAAUACAGCGGCCGAAAAGAUCGACGACCGUUUUUUCGCCUACACCAAUGCGGCUAUUGACAAGUACGACCACCUCAGAAAGCACCCGGCCGACAAGAAGCUCCUCGGCCCAGAUGGCUUUCUCUACCUUUCUCACUACCGAUGGGUGCGCGACGACAAGACCACUUUCAAGAUUGGCCUUGACCGACUCGACGACGUUACAAUCCGGCAGCUUUAG